GUUGCUCUCUGAAUCCUGACCUACCAAGCGUAGGAUACCUUUAAUUCUUGUCCUUGUUGCGUCCCUACCAAAUGUUUCUUCUACUUCUAAGAAGUGAAUUGAAGAAAAAAGUUUCUUGAAUCUUUCAUGUAUCAUCAUGUAUCUAAACCUUGACCUAUACUAGUUUUUCUGCCUUAAGAGCUAUGGAAAUCUUUACAAUGCUUUUCGUUUUAUCAUCUUUCCUCUUCUCUCCAAGCAUCUCCGCUACAAAAGAUAUCAUCACUCCGACAGUAUCGCUCAGUGAUGGAGAGUCCCUUGUUUCCUCCGGCGGAACAUUCGAGCUAGGAUUCUUUAGCCCAGGUAAUUCGAAGAAUCGAUACGUUGGAAUAUGGUUCAAUGGAAUAUCUCCUCAAAUUGUUGUGUGGGUGGCCAACAGAGAAACUCCACUUACUGAUCACUCUGGAGCUUUGAACAUCACUGAUGGAGGAGUUCUUGUUCUUUUCAGUGACAAAAAUAGCAGUAUAUGGUCAUCUAAUUUCACUUCAAGAAUCCUAAGGAGCCCGGUUGCUCAGCUCCUGGAAUCCGGCAACCUUGUUGUGAAAGACGGAAAUGAUGACAACUCGGAGAGCACCCUUGUGUGGCAGAGUUUUGAUUAUCCAGGCAACACCUUACUACCAGGAAUGAAGCUUGGAUGGAACUCAGCGACAGGUAUAAACAGGUUUUUGUCUUCGUGGAAAGCCGCAGAAGAUCCAUCUCCAGGUGAAUUCUCGUAUUCCAUAGAUCAUGGCGGAUACCCCCAACUAGUCCUACGGAAAGGUCGUGUUCCACACUAUAGGUUGGGGUCUUGGAAUGGCCUUGGUUUUACUGGGAGUCCUGAACUUACUCCUAAUGAAGCAUUUAAAAUCGAAUUUGUGUCCAAUGAUAGUGAGGCCUAUUACAAAUUCGACCUCAUGAAAGAUACGAUGCAUUCGAGAUUGGUACUCAACCUGUCUGGUGGUUUGCAGCGGUUCUUGUGGAUUGAUAAAACACAUAGCGGGAACAUGAUUUACUCCGCUCCAGCAGAUCGUUGUGACACUUACGAUUUGUGUGGUGCAUUCGCUUUCUGCAAGCUUGAUUCUGAUCCUCUAUGUUCAUGCUUGCAAGGUUUUGUACCAAACUCUCCAAGAGACUGGACUUUGAAAAACACGUCUUCAGGAUGUCUUCGUAAAGGUCCAUCGGGUUGUACCAAUCAAGAUGAAUUUCAGAAGUUCAUACGGGUGAAAUUGCCUGACACAUCUUCGUCACGGAUCAAUAAAACCAUGUCCCUUGAGGAAUGUAAGAAAAUGUGUUUGACAAACUGCUCUUGCACAGCAUACGCAAAUUUGGAUGUUAGGGGAGGAGGAACUGGCUGUUUGCUUUGGUUCGGCAACCUCAUUGAUAUAAAAGAAUUCGACGCUGGUGGGCAAGAUCUUUUUGUGCGGAUACCCCCCUCCGAAUUAGAUGGCACUAAGACAAGCAAGCACUCUGGUGUAAAAAGGAAAGUGGCAAUCAUAGUCAGCUGUGGGGCGGUAGUCACGGGAGUGCUAAUACUAGGAUUGGUUUUCAACAUACGGAAGAAGAAGUCGAAAUCACGAGGUAGAAAUUAUUCAGUUAAAAGAUUAGUCGUUAUGGUCAAGCUUUUGAUUGAUUCUUCUACUGUCUCAGGAAACAUGAAAAACAUACGUGAAAAGAACUUUGGUUUCGAAGGUGGAAGCGAGGACAUGGAGUUGAUAACAUUUGAUUUGGCCACUGUAUCUAGAGCCACUGAUAACUUCUCAAACAAUAACAAGCUGGGACAAGGUGGUUUCGGACCAGUGUACAAGGGAAUCCUGGAGGAAGGGCAAAAUAUAGCAGUGAAAAGGCUUUCGAAAUGUUCUGGGCAAGGAAUCAAAGAAUUCAUGAAUGAAGUAGUAUUAAUCGCUAAACUUCAACACCGAAAUCUUGUAAAGCUUCUUGGUUGCUGUAUUGAAGGCGAUGAAAAAAUGUUGAUCUAUGAAUAUAUGCCAAACAAAAGCUUGGACUACUUCAUAUUUGACGAUACAAGAAGUAAACUCCUCAAUUGGGAUCAGCGCAUCAACAUUAUCGGAGGAAUUGCUCGAGGACUUCUCUAUCUUCAUCAGGAUUCUAGACUGAGGAUCAUCCAUAGGGAUCUCAAAACCAGUAACGUUUUACUAGAUAAAGAUAUGAACCCAAAAAUAUCUGAUUUUGGCACGGCUAGAGCAUUCGGGGGAGAUCAAACUGAGGAAAAUACUAAUCGAGUGGUUGGAACAUAUGGCUAUAUGUCUCCUGAGUACGUGGUCGAUGGACUCUUCUCGGUCAAAUCGGAUGUUUAUAGCUUCGGUGUGAUGAUGCUGGAGAUACUUAGCGGGAAGAAGAACAGGGGAUUUCAUCAUCCAGACCACCAGCUUAACCUUCUAGGACAUGCUUGGAUGCUUUGGAUUGAAGGAAGACCAACAGAAAUAAUGGAUGAGAAGUUAGUUGGAUCGUGUGCGCAACCAGAAGUGUCACGAUGCAUUCAUAUAGCUCUACUGUGUGUGCAGCAACAACCAGAAGAUAGGCCAAACAUGGCGUCUGUGGUCCUAAUGUUGGGUGGGGAGGGUUCAUUGCCUAUACCCAAGCAACCUGGUUUCUUUACUGAAAGGAACUCGGUUGAAGCAAAGGCUUCUUCGCCAAGCAAGUACGAAUCCCAUUCCAUAAAUGAGAUGAGUCUAACGCUGUUAGAAGCAAGGUUUUAAAAGGCAGGUGCUCCUCUGACGACAAGUAAGGACCUAGCGCACGCGUAUGAUUAAGUAAAAAAAAUAAAAAUGCAAACACUAUUUUUUUAGAUACACUUUAGAUGUGGUUCCUAACUAUCAAUAUCUUUGAUUGAAACCUUAUUGGUUUUCAAUAUUUGAUCAAAGUUCCUAAAAUUAAUGUAAUAAAGUAUUUCUAUGUCGGUUACUAUAUUUUUUAAAUUAAAAAUUGAAAUUUAUA